AUGCCCAUCAAUCAACCCUCUAACCAGAUUAAACUCACAAAUGUAUCCCUUGUACGAUACAAAAAGGCAAAAAAGCGUUUCGAAAUCGCUUGCUACAAGAACAAAGUACUCGAAUGGCGUUCCGGCAACGAGAAAGACAUCGACAAUGUUCUUCAAAUCCCUAACGUUUUCCUAAAUGUUUCGCGAGGACAAACGGCACCGACGGCCGAUUUAGCAAAGGCUUUUGGAAAAGAUACUCCAGUGCAAGAUAUCAUUCUCGAAAUAUUAAACAAGGGAGAAUUACAAGUGGGAGAGAAAGAACGACAUGCACAGUUGGAGCGAGUGCACAAUGAAGUGCUCAGUAUCGUAGCCAGUAAACUUGUGGAUCCAAAAUCGAAGCGGGUGUACACUACGGGAAUGAUAGAGAAAGCACUCGAGAUGCUCAGUUCGCAGGGUUCGCAAGCACAGGAAAAAGAUAGGAGUCUGGGCAGCGAAACCGCGACUCCGACGACGGGAGAAGAAGGAGAGGCAAAGCCAAUACCUAGGGCGAGGGAGCAUGCUUGGACGGGUGUCGUGGCUACGAAGAGCGCAAAGAGUCAGGCGUUGGAAGCGAUGAAGGCAUUGAUUGCACACCAGCCGAUUCCAGUCGCGAGAGCGAGGAUGAGGUUGAGAGUUACGUUACCUACCAAGAUUUUAAAGCAGGUGGUUAAGGCUCCUGGACCAAAGUCUGCUGAUGAGGGAGAGGGCGAUAAGAAGGAAACGGUCAAGGAUAGAGUAUUGGGAUAUGUAGAGCAGGUCGAGACUCAGGAUGUGAUGGGUUCAGAGUGGGAGGUAGUAGGGUUUGUAGAACCUGGUGCAUUCAAGGGAAUAGGAGAUUUUAUCAGUACGGAGACGAAGGGACAGGGAAGAGUCGAGGUGCUGGAUAUGGCUGUUACUCAUGAAGAUUAA